AUGUACCAGCAUCGCUCUUCAAACGAUACUACCCUCCGGGGGCUAAUCACAGAACAAUCACCGUGGUGGAACGUUAGAAGCAGGACUAGGCCAGGUCAGGAGUAUUGCUGGGUGGCUAUCAAUCACGAUGAGCCGAGAGUGGGUGGAGCGCCUGUAAAGUCAAGUCAGCGGUCCCAGAAGGAUGUCGAUAGCAAUAUUCUCAGCGAUGAUGACUGGUCCCUAAACAGCGACUACUGGGACGCGAGUUGCCCUUAUCGAGCCUACAUCCCUUUAUCUCCUGAUAGCACCAGACUUUUACACUGGGUGACCGCAUUGGAGGCCCAAGGACGAAACAGUGCCAACAUCUUGUCGACAUGGCAUCUGGACCCUGAUAUGGCCGCCGAAAUCGUUGCAACAACUGAAAAUGCACACACGCUGAUGCAAGCCGUGGCCUUCACUUACACGCCAUCAUACGCCAUACCACCCAGCGUCUCCCUGUGGUGGAUCGAUGCUUCCUUCUCCACGGAGGUAGCGUUAACAGCUAAGAUCGAGGGAGUCCAUCGAGGCAUUCUGGACCAGUACGGAUUCGUCGUCUACAACCUUGUCAGAGACCCGGACUGGAAGACGCGCUCACUGCUAGCUCCCUUAGUGGGCAAGAUCAUUGACACAGGGCUCGUACGUUGUUCCUUCCGAGGCUGCAUUGUGGAUUUCAAUAAGAUCGCACACCAUGAUCUACUUAAUCUUUUGAGGGAUCAAGUGCCAGUCCAUUAUCAAUGGUUCCCUACUGACAUUGGGCCCUUGGACCCACGCACUCUCAAAGCUACAGAUUACAAUGACUUCAACCGGGAGACAUAUCACACACGAGAGAUGAAAACAGACGAAAAACAACAUGGAGAAAUCAAGAAACCUGGCCAAGCAGCGAAAGUGGUAAAGGGAGAGGCCCUGUUCUAUAAGAUGAGCAAGAAGGGGAGGAACAAAACACUGAUUUCUAGGGCAGAAUACAAUCACAUUUCGCAGUCUUGUCAUGUGGUGCCAUUGAAUUUCCUAACCGGGGAGGUGUGUACUGUUUUCGAAGACGAACAGACUCAGACUCGCCACGAGGAAACGCCCGCCGUUGCGGGCACGCCAGUAGUGACACUAGGUGUUACGAACGCUGUGCCCGUUGACUCGGAGGUGCAGGCUGAAACACCUCACAAGCGGACUCAGACUCAGACUUGUCGCGAGGAAACGCCCGCUGUUGCGGGCACGCCAGUAGUGACACUAGGUGUUACGAACGCUGUGCCCUCUGAAAUACAGGCUGAAACACCUCACAAGCAGACGUGCAUGGUUGCGGACACGCAAGCACUAGUGCUCCCAAACAUCAAGAACACGAACGCACAAAAUGGUCAACGAGCUGAGACUCUAGUUUCCUUGGGAGAAGAUGACACUGGCCCCACUACUCUACGAUUCCCAUCAGCGCCAGGGUCGCCUCCAGUGCCCCCGAUUGUUUCUCUACCUCGUCAAUCUAGUCAUUGCCAAUUCUUACCCCAUCCACCAAUCCUCAUUCCCAAUGCGCUACCCUCUAACGAAGGCUUGCAGCUUAUUCGCAGUGCCUACGGGGAAGACGCGUACCUAAUCAUUGGACCGCCUGUGUACCUCAGGCUCUCAGGGAUCAUAUUCCCAGCUACCCCGGCCCCGCGGGUAGGUACCUUAGUUAUGUCUUUUCAAUCGGCCAUUCGAGUCGCGCACGACAUCUACGACCACCCUGCCGCUUCUCCAGCAGCCUCUGUACCAAACCUGCUCCGCCGCGGAGCAUCAUACCGCGUCUUCACACCUAUUUCCCAGGUGACCCGAGUCCCUUCCUUAACUAGAGGUCAUCCAAGUUACUUGGAUAGUCGUAACACCUAUCCAGAGUUGUUGAACUUCAAGGACCCGAAUUACUGGAACACUUACCUAGCACGGGUACAGGCACUACUGAGGCGUCCUUACGCGCGACAGUUCUUAACCAUGGGGGGAAUUCUAUGGCGUCUUGCGCUCCAAUUCGGCCCACCUUCCCUUCUGAAUGAUGCUCUCGCAGGCCCCUCUUUGGAUGUCACGACAUGGGGAAUAGGAGAAGUCAACGGUCAAUCAUGGGACGAUUCUGUGACUGCGGCGGACAUCACGAUGUUGAUUGGUGUUUCAGGAACUGGAUCUUGUUGGCCGCCCCACGAUGUCUGGAAUUCGUCUUGCCGAUGGAAAGGGUUUUGGUCAGACGCAGAUGAGCAGUGGUUUCAAUCGCACCUCGGGAACUUAUCUUCCGGAAAUACGGAAGCUGGCAAGACCCGCAAGGAUUGGAAGCAUUUUUUCAGGCCCAUAUCAGCAGCAAGGUCGUCAGACGCGUCCAUCUAUGGUUCGGAGGCAUUUGCUCAUGUGAUCCCUACUUGGGAUUUGGUAUCAGCGGACAGUACUUCUAUAGUACAGUUACUAUUGGAUAAAUGGGAACCUGAUAGCAUUCAAUGA